AUGCCGUUACGCUUCCAGACGAGGUCCUUUUCUGUCCUCAACAGGCCCAAGCCCAACUACCCUGGCCAUGUACCACUGACCUUUGUCGAGCGAUGUGGUCUCGCUGUCGGCUCUGCCUUUGGCUCCAUGCUCGACCACCACCGCCACGAUCUGAUUGCCGCGCUGGGUGAGGCAACAUGCAAGCCCUACUUCAUCACACGCCUACGACAGAGCAUGCUGUCGCAUCCCACUGGCCGCCGCAUCCUCCGUGACCGUCCCCGCAUCUCCAGCAAGACAAUGUCGCUCGAAUACUUGCGCUCCCUCCCCGACAACUCGGUCGGCCGUGUCUAUGCCCAAUGGCUGGACCGCGAAGGCGUCACCCCUGAUACCCGGGACCAGGUUCGAUACAUUGACGACCCCGAAGAAGCCUAUGUCAUGCAGCGCUACCGCGAGUCGCAUGACUUCUACCACGCUCUCACUGGAUUACCCGUCUUCGCCGAGGGUGAGAUUGCUCUGAAAGCCUUUGAGUUUGCCAACACCCUUCUGCCAAUGACCGCUCUCUCCAUGGCUGCCGUCGUCAAGCUGAAACCUGCUGCGAGACGCCGUUUCUGGUCCACCUACUUACCUUGGGCUGUGUCCAACGGCCUGCGUGCACAAGAUGUCAUCAACAUAUACUGGGAGGAGGUGCUCGAAAAAGACUGUGAUCAGCUGAGACAAGAGUUGGGCAUCGAGAAGCCUCCAGAUCUCCGUGAGCAGAGAAAGAUAAUGAGAGACCAGAAAAAGGCCGAAAAGGCCGCCAUUGAAGCACGACAAACGGUGGGUCAAGCUCUCAAGUCGAAUUGA